UAACUGUUACAGUAUAUGUUCCAGGAUAUACAACUACUGUUACUGAGUUCAAUAAUGGUGAAUUAACAACCUAUAGUACUUACUAUCCACCAAGUACUUUAAUUGUCUUGCAAACUGUCACUUCUGUUUUACCCGCCGGCUUUGCGUUUGAAGAGAGUAAAGCAAGAAGAUUAAGUCUUUAUGGUUUAUUUAAUCGGAAUAAUGAUGGUUUA